CCGCUGGCCAAAAAAGCUGUCGACAUUCCAUUUGCUGCUCAGCUUUGCAACCCGCGAUGUCUCGACCAGCAGUGAGCAUUCGUGUUAGGGGGAGAGAUGAGACCACGCUGGAAGUCCAGUUCGACGAUGCGGAGACCGUGGCGGACUUUAAGACUCGGGUGUUCGGCGAUGUCAUCGGAGAAGGCAAAAGGUGCCGGUUGAUCGCAAGCGGCAAGGAGCUGCAAGACUCACAGAAGAUGGGCUCUUACCGCAUACAAGAGGGCUCAUGCAUGCACGUCAUGAUUAGCCAGAGGGGGUCGGUGGCAGGCGCCGCACAAGGGUCUCCGGGUGCUGCUGCAGUACCACAAGCAGCAGGAUCGACAUCGUCAUCUCGGGGCGUUGGUCGAGGGGCUGGGUCUGCGAUACUGUGCGCGCUUACCCUGGGGAUGGUUAUGGCCGCGUGGACGGUCUACAUGGUGUUUCCGGAGCUGUUUUCGUGCGGGGCGACGUGUCUCCUCCUGCUGCUCACGCUGCUGCAGCUAGCGGCGACGCUCCCCAUCCUCAAGCAGGCCUUGUUGGCGGCCCUCGGGACUUGUUGGUGGAGACCAUCGGUGACCCGCCGACCAUCCAGCGUUCCCGGCAGACGAAGGCAGUGACAAGCGAUUACCUUGGAGGAAACGCUGCCAAUAAUAGCGGGCGGAACUACUAUUUGGCUGGACGUGGUCUACAGCAGCUGUAGAUCAUCUCGGCGUUUGCUGGACGAUACGAGGCGCUGACACGGGACGAGCUGUACAGAGGCGGCGGGCUGCGUCCAGCAGACUCGUCGUCUCCGGCUCGUAUUUCGGGGCGUGAGCCAUGUAGUGUGCAUUGUAUAUGUGGAGCGACACCCCGGCAGAACCGGGGUGGAUUUUUCCGUGCAUGACGCUUCGAAAGAAGCAGGCGUUAGAACGAGGCGACCCGGGAUAGCUGCCGCUGAUGUAUUACAGCUUCUGGCGGCUUUGAGGAAGAAAAAUCCGCUGUGUUCUUCUAGAGCUUUCCCAACCGUGUAGGCGGUGGAGCUCGGUACGCUAUGUUCGUUCCGUAGUAUUUAGUGCGGCGUAUCGACAAACGCUGUCCACCCCGGGCGGUGGACGUACGUGUGAGCCUACGUGUUGGGGGGCGAGCAUAGCGCUUGUGAGGUGAUGGUGUGUUCGAUUGUUGUGGAUAGUGGAAGUACUUGUAAAAAAGUGCACGACUUUGAAGGACGCCGUUUGAGAGACGCGUGUUUUCGCAUUCUUCGAAGGCAUUUUUUUGUUUUUCGUGGAGCCUUGCGCCUUGUUUGGCGACAGGGCGGGGGUUGACCGCUCGGGGUAUCAAUAUUUGGAAGGGAGAAGACAUUGCAACCGCCGUGCUUCAGGUAUGAAACGUACUGCCCUGAUGCAGGCGAGCGACAAGAGACGGUUUCGCUGUUGCGACUUUUACGUUUGAUGGGGGGUUUCCACUCGGGCGAGUGAAUAAAUCGGUGCAAGCGACCCAUUCAUGUAGGAAAAGAGAGGAGGCUUACUUGCCGGACAUGGGAGGGCCCGAGCGGGGUGUCUGGGGAGCGGACCGGCUGGCGUUGGUAGCUAAGUUGUUGCUCAGGGCACCUCUUGAACUCGCGUCGUGAUGUGGGCACCGCAGCUGCAUCAAUUUUAGAUUUGAAGGGCGGCCCUGCUUCAGUCUAUCGUCGGUGUUGUAUAGUUUUUUUUGUACAGGAUAGAAUACGUUACCUUCCAUGCUACAGCAGUAUGCAAUCCUGCCUGAGGCGGACUGACGGCGUUUGACAUUUUUCUCCGAUGGUGUUUGGUGGAGAGCAAGCUAUAUGACUUUUGGUUCCUGUAUCCUGUAUAGGCCCAUGAGUCCCAAAGCUCCCUUACGCGGAGGGGAGGAAGUAGAACAGCGUCUGGGUCGUAUCCCACACCCCUUAACGGUCUUCGUUGGCCCAUGCAGGGAUAAGGGACAUAUCAAACGACUCCAGACAAAUUGAUUGGUCUAGCAUCGAACCGUGCUUAUUCG